GUUUGGGCUGAGAAGACACAACGCGCGCGGCUAUAAUGUGGCUCGCUUCACGGCCGUUCUUCUGAACAGCGUGCUGGUGAUGGUGGUUGGCGUCGUCGUUCUGUCCAUCGCCACGGUCAAUGUCGACAGCAACUGGUCUGCCUUCUGCACGGAAGGGGAUUCCACAUGCAAGUACUACGAGGUGCCUUACAAACCUCCCAACGCAUCGCUGCCGUUGGAGUGCGACCGUCACUUUCGGUAUGGCAAGAGCGGGCAACAUUUGCUGAGCGUCAGCGACUUUGCUUUAUUCUCAGCCCUUGCCUACGAGUCCGAGGCUGGUCUACAACACGGACUGCAGCGUUACUUCCCCGGCUGGUCCCUGGUCACCUCUCGCCGGGCAGGCCUCAACACCACUGCCAUCGAGGGGGAAAGCUCGGAUUGGACCACGUACUUCGAGUUCUGGGACCCCGAGAACACCACCAUUGUAUUCGCCAUCCGCGGUACCAACUCCAUGCUGGACGUUCUGGAUGAUCUGAACAUUUGGGGCCCCGCCGCCAUCAUGCAAGCUUUCAGCAUUGCCGGCCCGUCUCUCUCCAACGCUGUGGCGGAGUCUGUGGCCCUCCUCUCCACGGUGAUGUAUGGCGAGAGUAUGCAGAAACAGUAUUUCUCGCACCUCCUGGCGCAUGUUCAAAAUCGCACAGCUCAGCUUCCUGACAGGAUGUUCUACAUCACCGGCCAUUCUUUGGGUGGGGGCUUAGCCAAGCUGGUAGCAGCCAAGUCCCAGAUGCAGGCCUUGACCUUCAUGGCCCCGGGGCUUGGCACAACGAGCUACGUCGUGUACAGGGAGCACAUGCUACAGGAGCUCCGACGAAGAUCUCUUACCAUCAUGCCUGAGAACGACCUGGUGUCAAGAGUGGACACGCAGACUGGCAUUACCAUCAAAACCGACUGCGAUGGCAACUCACUGCACUGUCACUUGCUUUAUCCCACGAUCUGCAACCUCUUGCAGUUGUGCGGGUCUGGAAGGGCCGGGGAGGCGGCUUUAGCACUCCCGUGUGGUACGUGCGACGACAUGCCGUGCCCUAAAGGACAGCAACUCCGGCGUGCUGUCUGA